GAGAGUGGGGACUCUCCUGGGCCCACACGCAGAGGGACAUGAUAAUCCUCUUCCUCUAGUGAGGUAUCGCAGCGUUAUUCCAUUUCCACUCCAAUGGCGGCCUCGUCGUCCUUCAAGCCGAACCCGCUGUCGCUGAGCGUGCCGGACCCUGCGCUCGAUCGCUGGCUCCGGGACAGCGGCUACCUCGACCUCCUCGAUUCCACCACCACCGGAGCGCCGUCGUCAACCUCGGCCCCCUCCACCUCCGCCUCCGCCGCCGCCAGGCCCGGAACCGGCCCGGUCUCCUCGGGCGUCGCGGCCGACGUCCUCGCCUUCGCGCGCACCCUCGCCUCGCUCCUCGCGCUCAACCCCUUCGCGCGCCUCUCCACCGCCGACCUGGCCGCGCCCACCCCGUCCUGGUCGCUCGCCUUCGUCGGUCCCCCCGGCGCCGCGUCCUACUCCUGGCCGCCCACGCCGACCCAGGCCAGGCUCCGCGUCCAGGAGAACGUCCGCCGGUACGCGCGCAACUACGCCGCGCUCACCAUCCUCGUCUUCGCGUGCUGCCUGUAUCGGAUGCCGAUGGCGCUGCUGGGGAUGCUGGCCAGCCUCGCCGUCUGGGAGGGCGUGCGCUACUGCCGUGACCAUUGGGGCCUCACCACCAGGGCUCCAGGGGUUGCCCAGGCUCUGCUGCACUGCGCGCAGAUUGCUACUGCUAUACUACUGUACGUCUGCAACCUACAGUUUGCUCUCGUGUAUGCCAUCGGAUUGAGCUAUGCAUUGAUGAUGUUGCACGCCUCGCUUCGGAAGUUGACCCCCUCAAGUCUACCAGAUCCCAGUAAUAAGAACAGGAGGGCGCAGCCGAGACGGAGCUAGGUUACAUGCCGGGCAGUACAGGGCUACAGGGCGAUGUUCAUGGCUGUCUAGAGUUAACAUGGGAGAUGAUGCAGCAUGGUUGAUGGUUCCAAAAACGUCACCUGGUUAUUGGAACAGCAGUACAUGUUGAGGCGGCGACACAUGGACGAGUGUAGAAUACGGUCAUCAGGAUAUAUAUUAUUAUACUGUCACGAAAACUGGAAGAGGCAUACACUUUAUGUAUUUUUUAAUAAGAGAGAAGCAAAUGGUAGUUCAUUUUAUUUCUGCCGUCUUGCGUGGAUGCAUGUAAUCCAUUCGGUGGAAGACAUCUUUGUUGUAUGUACUGGUUCAUGGGGGCCAUGGCCAGACGACCCACAAAUGGCAGAGAACAUCACAUUCAUUUCACACUCA